AUUUUAGUUCCAAGCAAAUGAAGGUAUUGGGUUGGAAGAGCCAAUAUGUCGACUGAUUUCAAAUAAACUAUGACACUAGCUUUCAUUAAAUGUAUUUGACGUGGUGUUAAACUCCGGACCAGGUGCAGUCGAAAUCUUCUUAAAUGACGGUUAGGACUACUGACUGAAUCAAGUCCCUCUUUGGUUCGAGAUUUUACAAUCAGACAUUACCUAGCUUGGUUUUUCCAAGACCUCGUCAUACAACCGCCAUAUUGGAGGGAACUGUAAAGUCAAAACAUUGGCAAUCUACUUCAAGAGUGUUCGUUAAUUCAAGAUCCGUGACGGAGUGCAGUGGUUGGUCCAUGUGGAGUGUACAGGGGGAGGCAGUCUGCUCAACUCAAUCCGAAUUCCCCCGCAGCGGGCCGUAAACUACUCCGAACUUCACUCACACAUCAUCCGGGGAACAGCUUCUACUCAAUAUGAAAGGUAGCCGGAUUGAGCUGGGGGACGUCACGCCUCACAACAUUAAGCAGCUGCAGCGGCUGAACCAGGUGAUCUUCCCGGUCAGCUACAACCACAAGUUCUACAAGGAUGUCCUGGAAGUCGGCGAGCUGGCCAAACUAGCGUACUUCAAUGACAUCGCAGUGGGAGCAGUAUGCUGUCGAGUAGACCACUCCCAGAAUCAGAAACGGCUUUACAUCAUGACCCUUGGCUGCCUGGCUCCCUACCGUAGACUUGGUAUAGGGACAAAGAUGCUGAACCAUGUGUUGAACAUCUGCGAAAAAGAUGGCACCUUUGACAACAUUUAUCUCCACGUGCAGAUCAGUAACGAGUCCGCUAUCGAUUUCUACCAGAAGUUUGGUUUUGAAAUUAUGGAGACGAAAAAGAACUACUACAAGAGGAUAGAGCCAGCUGACGCCCACGUGCUUCAGAAGAACCUGCGUAGUCUAUGUUUGCCCCCCAGCGGAGAGCUGCAAAAGGCCAACUAGGGGACAUGCCAGGCCCUGACCUCCAGACACGGCACUGUCACGCCCCGCCCAAAAUGGAGCUAUGACGGACACCAGAGGUUUAAUCCUGAUGGUUUUGAUGAGUUUACCUCCUUUAAGGGACGUGCGAAAUAAAAAUAAUGCUGCAUUUUUGUUGGAAAAAAAAAUGUUUUCCUGUUACGGUUUCUUUACUUUUUUUUUUUCUUUUUUCAUUUAGAGAUGUGAAAAUAAAGAAAUGUGUGGCUUGCUACAGCAGGCAGGUCACAGCAUGCUGAAAGGCUUAUUUCUCUGAAAGGAUUACAAACGGUCAUUAAGGUUAGAGGGUAUCUUUGAUUAUUAAUGAUAUAAUAAUAAUAAAUGAUGUCUGUUGACCUUAGUAUUACGCUCUGAAUUGCCAUGGCAAUAUUCAGAGCUCCGUCCCUCACAGCCAAGGAGCUGAGUGGCAGACGGCCAAUAGGAAGAGAAUUGCACUGAAUUUUGGAGACUUUUCUUCUUCUUGUUCUUCUUUAUAUUAGCAUAAAGCAACGUGUGGGAGUAAUGCUGGAUGUUAAGAUUUGUUGCCGAUUUCAGCGUCACUGGUCAGGUCUAGGGCUGGUUCAGUGCCCUUUAGGGCUGGGAGGUUAAACGGUUUGUGUUGGAGGAGGCAAUCAAAGUGGCCUGGAAUGGAUGUGGUGUGAGUUUGACGGCUUCCUUAUAUCAAUACGCCACACAAUGUUUUCAUGUUGAGGUUAAUUUUUUGUCUUUUCGGGGUUUGUCCAAAUGCUGCAGUUAUUAAUGCAAUUGGUAAAUUAGGAGCAAGGUGGAAGGACUGAGUGAUAUGACGGGGCAGAGAGAAUGGCAAACUAUGAACAAAGGAGGUAUGUGUGUGGCGCAGAGACAGAGUGAAAGCAAAACAAAUGGUUUUAAAUUAUUUUUUAAAAUGGUGACAAUGAUAAAAAUGUAAUGUCAAUUUCCCCCCCUUACAGAAACAGAACUGUGAACAACUUCAAAGGUUAAAACAAAUGUAACGUGGGUCACAGCUUACAUUAGGCAAUUUUUGAGUGACCCAUUUAUCUGUUGUUGAAAUGUGCCAUUUUUCAUUUGAAGCCAUUUUGAGACUGUGACACCUAUCCUUGGUUUGUUUUGUUUGGCAGAAAGGUUAGGGCAGAUUAGUUUGAGAAAGGGAGGGUCUGUGUGCAUGCUGGAUUUGCUUAGAUACUUGUCAGAGAUCAUCAAAGGUCAUACACUUCAAGUAUACCACAUCAGAAACCCUGGCCCUCUGUGUCAGGAUGUCCCGCUUGCCCCAUUGUAAUAAAAUCAUGUUUUUGCUUGCUUGGAGGACUUUGAUCUGUUCUGGAGCUCUGUUUUGACCUUUUAACUUUAAAUAAAGACUCUAUUUGCAUUUGA